UCCCUCCGUCCAGGUGCGCGGAGGAGGCGGAAGCGAAGGCGCGGAGGGAGCCAGCGCCCGCCUCGGCGCUGGGCCCCUGCGGGAGAUGGCGGGGGGGCGCGCGCUGCUCGCGUUCGCUGUCCUCAUCGCCGCCUCGGCGCAGCACCUCCAGCGGGAAGCUUCCUUCACAAUCUCCCUUCGUGCAGCGGACAACAUCACAGUUACAAUUAAAUUGAAACCUGGUGUUUUACCUGUCUGUCGAAUUCAUGUAAAAAAUGGACCCAGGUUUGAAUUGAAGAUAAGACCAGGGGAAAAUGUGACUUUAAUCUUCACUUGUAACACUCCUGAGAAAUAUUUCAUGAUGGAAAUUCAGAAGAAUAUUGACUGUGUAUCAGGCCCGUGUCCCUUUGGAGAUGUUCAUCUUUACCCACCAGGGCUACCUCGCCUUAACAGGACUUUCAUCUGGGACGUGAAAGCGAGUACAAAGGCUGGACUUGAGCUGAAAUUUUCUGCCCCAUUAAGACAGAUUCACCCAGGAGAGAUAUGUCCAGAUUUAGUUAGCUACAACAUCAACAGCUGCAUCGAUACAGCCACGGUCAACAUUGGCACCUUCUGCAGAAAUGGUUCGGUGUCUCGUGUCAAACUGCUUGGAGGAGUCAUCUUGUCUCUGCACCUCCCUUGGAACUUGACUCUCACAACCUCAGGCUUUAACAUUGCCAACAGAUCUUCCAUAAAACGGUUAUGCAUUAUUGAAUCCACUCUGAAGGGGGAGUCUUCCAUCAUGUUGAUGUCCCCAAACUAUCCCUUGGGCUUUCCAGAAGAUGAGCUUAUGACAUGGCAGUUUGUAGUCCCUUCCAACAUGAGAGCAAGUGUGUUUUUCCACGACUACAGCCUUUCCAAUUGCGAAAGGAAGGAGGAGAGGGUGGAGUAUUACAUACCUGGAUCUGUCAGUAAUCCUGAGGUGUUUAAGCUGAGUGACAGCCAGCCUGCCAAUAUUGCUGGCAGCUUCAACCUGUCUCUGCAGGGCUGUGACCAGGAUGCCCAAAACCCAGGCAUCCUUCGCUUGCUCUUCCAGGUCGUCGUUCAGCACCCUCAGAUUGAUGAGAAUGUCACUCACUUGGUUGACCUCAGCAAAGAACGGAAUAUGACUGUAACAAUACACUUUGAAGGCUGGCCCAGGCGAACCCCGCUGGUAUCAGAACCGAUGUGCCUGAUCUGCAAGGAUCCUCGCUCUUGUGACCGAGUUCUGACCUUGGCCUCUGGCGCCACCUACAAGAUUUCCUUUCUGUGCAAGGACUUAUCCCGCCUGAGGAUCACAGCUGAGAAGGGCAUAAGCUGUGUGGGGAGUCUUCGGUGGUGUGAGAGCAAGAUCCAUUCCCUUUCAGUGCCCAAGACUAUUACCCAAUUGCCAGUCCAACUGCAUAAAUUCAUUUGGAAGCUCAUAGCUCCCGAACUGAUCAAUAUAGAAAUCACAUCUCCGUCACUGAAACUGCGGCAACACCUCCCAGAGCAGAGCUGCAACACAAGCUACAGCUAUAGCAUUGUUAGUGCCACCCCGGAGACAGAGAUGAAUGUUGGUAUAUUUUGCCCUGGUGGAGCCAUUGAAAAGAUUCAGCUGAGGAAUAAUAUCACCAUAUCUUUAAAAACUUUUGGUAAAGGUUUCGUCAAUGAGUCUAAUCAUCAAGAUCUGAAAAUGUCUUUUGUGCCACAUAUUAAAGACGAGUGCACUUUUACUGUGAGUCCAGAUUCAAAAGCUAAAACUUACUUACAGACUCCCAACUCACUUUAUGGUCUACCCCCUUACGUCUCCAUAUCCUGGUACAUCACUGUGCCCAGUCAGCAAGUUGCCCGCCUAGGGUUCUCCACGGACCGCAUGGGCAUUGCUUGUGAGACAGGGCGUGCCUAUGUCAACAUAAAGGAACAGAUGCCUGGAGCAGAGGAGAUUGUACGCCGUGAGGAUGAGCUUCUGCCUCAGCCCCGAAACAUGCAUCAUAACUUCUGGGUAAAUGUCUCCAAUUGUAAGCCUGUGGACCCGAUGCAACUGACCUUGAAGUUCUGGGUGACUUUUGUUGAAAAGCAGAUAGAUCUAGCAGUGAUACUUGGUGUACUGGCUGGGGCCGGAGUUCUUGCGGCUAUUGGACUCACAGUGUGCUGUGUUAAGAAGAAGAAGAAAAACCAAAAUCCCAUGGUGGGUGUAUACAAUGCAAACGUCAAUACCCAGAUGCCUGGAAAGCAACGCUUAUUCCAGAAAGAUAGGAGAACCAACGAGUCCCAUGUCUAUGCAGUUAUUGAUGAUGCUAUGGUCUAUGGGCACUUGCUGAAGGAAUCCAAUGGCUCAGUCACUCCAGAAGUUGAUGUGUACCAGCCUUUUGAUGGGCCCAUGGGUAGCUUGCCACCUUCUCCACCUCCAUUCUCCUUUAGAAAAGACAUAAAACGCUCUCCUAACACAGAGGAACCUCCACUUCUGGCAGAAACAGACCGUGACACUUACACAUUUGCUCAUCAGAAAUCAGGGGAACUGGAGGACAGUGGAGACGGAAAUGAAAAAAAUAAUGGCGAUACAAGCAUGUCCUUGCUGGAGAAUAAGGAAGAGGACAGCUUAGAAGAGUAAUUUUAUGCCAGGCACACCGGUAGUUUCCUGUGGAAAUCCAGACAGCCUGCAAGGACAAAUGUCCAGGGAAAAAAUAGCAGAAGAGGAGUGUUAUUUUUAAGUAUGUUUUGAUAUUGUUUUUGCUUUGUUGUUUGUGGUGGUGUUGUUGUUGUUUGUGUUGUUUUAAUUCAGCUGUUGGUAGCUUCCAGUUUUAGAGUGAAUAUCUGGUAAACUCAAACAUUGGAGCACUCCGAAAACGUGUGAGUUGUGAGAUGGAUGGCAGAGGUAUGCUCUUGCUUUUUAUUGUCAAGACAUCAGGAAGGAAUUCAUAACAAUACCAAUUUAAAACUGUGUUAACAAAUCGAGUAGAAAGUGUGUUUUGUGCAGUAUUCCCUCUUUUCUCACAAGUCAUUUGACCUGAGUGUUGGCUGGUGACUUUUUGAAGGCAUAGGCCACCUCAUGGACUCUAGGCAGCUCCGGAUUGCACAGGUAUGGGUUCCUUCUCCUAAUGUCUAAGCAGAGUAGGAGAGACUGUCACGCCUACUACUUGCUGCUUGAAAAUUCCUUUGUAUUUAAUGUAGUGAUUGCAGUGUAAAUGUACUGAAAGACCACACGUAUGCAGGCUGGAAGAGCUCCAUGCAUGUUAAUCAGUGUGUAUGCUUGAGCUUGGGCUCGCCUAGCUCAGAAGUAAAGUUGUGUUUUUUCUCUAAUUUCCAACAGAUAUUCUAGUACUUCAGUAGCACUAUGUGAGCCUAUACCAAAGACUGUAUUUUCUUCUGCUUUUUUUUACAGAAACAGUUUCAAAAUUCCAAAACAGUUUGCACUUGUUUUCAGGUGCCUGCAGCAUUCACAUUUUGUUAGUUUCUUGACCUUUUUGUCCAAGAGGGUACAGGUUUGGCGAAGACGUAACAGUAUAGCCAUCUGUACUAAUGCAUUUCACUUCAACUCAUAAAUGCUUGUUUAUCAAAUAAGGUUAAAAAGGAGGAUAAAGAAAAUAGGUUAUAUUCAACAGCCUGUUUCUCUGAAGUGUAAAGCAUCUGAGUGAAUCCUUAAGAGAGGCCUGGGUUUUGGUUUUUGGUCUAAAUUUAACAAUCACAUUGAAACAAUGUUGGAGAUAACUCUUGAUUUCUCCCGGUACUUAGCUUCAGUCAUCUGGCUCCUCUGAAAUACACCUCUUGAAAUAAUCAUUUUCAUUUUUGAGUGCUGUGUUUAGCUUCCCCCUCAGUUCCUGUGCCUUCUAAAACUUGAGGGUCAUGUCCUCACUCACAGCACUACAGGUGUAUGAAUCCAGUUGCUUUUGAUACACAAGCAUCUGGCUUGUCUAGGUGUGCAGUUACUGAGGGUGUUUGCAAUUUUGCAUGCAAAACUAGAUUCAACUUGAGAAUUAGUCUCUAAAUUGUUCUGACGGCUUCUUGUCUAAUGAUGCUCAAAGGUGCCACAUGAUUUAUAGGAGAUGUUGCAUGCAGUGGCAUUAUGUCUAUAUUAAUGUGUAAAAUGAAAACAUCCUUGCUAGGAACAUUACUGUUUACAUCAAAAGAAAUGUGGAUUUCUUCCUCUGUUAACUAUGCUGGCAUUGCAAAUGACUGUGUUAAACAAUCAAGCGUGCCUGCUUAACAGUGUAUACCAAUAUGCAAUUAAUUAUAUCUGAUCUGACUCAAUUUUCUGUGGCAUAUAGGAAAACGUAUGCCAGCUGGAAGUGCCUUUUUAUUGCUUCAUGUACUUUUUAUGCUUAUGUUUUGCACUUUUAAUACAGAAAUAUGUAUUCCUAGAUCUGUGGCUGGUCACUGGGAUCACAUAUUUCUAAGUGUACUGGGAGUGUUUGAAUGCCAUUUGACAACUUUAAAAGAUUUCUCCAGUAACACUAUCUACUUUUUCUCAGGUAACUGAAUUGCCACUGGAUGUUUUAUCAGGGUAGCCCAGUUGUUCAUUCAUGUGGUCAAUGCUUCUUUUCUUUUCCUGUGUGUCUGAGAGAAACUCAAGGCUAUCUCAUCCCUCCGGCUCAGUUUCUGCAGCUGCUUAGGUGAAAUCUUCUAGUUCAUGUACUUUCUAAACAACUGAUGGAAAGGGAACAGAGGUCAGGCUUUUGUUUACAACGUCUUGAAAUUUGAAGGAGGAAUAUGAUGUUUGUUCACUGUUGUGUUUUUUUCCUUUUGUUCUAUUUUAACUCAGCUUUUGGUACGGUGAUAUAAACCACAGUUUACAGUUGUUUUCACUCUAAGGUUGACUUCCACUGUGCUUACUUCAUGUUUUGAAUAAGAGUACAGGUGCAAAUUCAAAUUUAAUUUUCCCUCAGAUAAAGUUGUGUCUUAAUUUUUUUUUUAAAUAAAUAAAACAUAACUCUAUUACCAUCUGGAG